AUAUAAUGAGAAAACAUAUAUGCUAUUAUAUGAGAGAAAAUAUAAUGAUGCUAGCCGCGCAAUCUGCGCGGGCCACCAUGCUAGUUUAAUCUUACGGUAGCAUUUCCAAUUCCCCUAUCCGUUUUGUCUCCGUCUAUAAGAAGCCUCAUUAGCCAGCUGAAGUAGAUCAUCGUCGGUGCACAUAACAUCUCAAAAAGUGCAGAUAAAGGUCGAGACAGUCUGCUUCUUCAAGCCUUCAACAAUGGCGCAUAAGCUCCUCUGCUUUGCGGCACUCAUUUCCAUGGCGGCUUUGGCCGCCGGAGCAACGUCGGAGGAGGACACGGGCGCGCUGCUGCUCCCGGGCUCGACGGGGUCGAACCAGUGCGUGUACACGCUCUACGUGGAGACGGGCUCGAUCUGGAAGGCCGGCACCGACGCGGCGAUCGGCGUGGAGCUCUACACGGCGGCCGGCAACGGCAUCCUCAUCAGGAACCUGCAGGCGUGGGGCGGCCUCAUGGCGGCCGGCCACGACUACUUCGAGCGGAGCAACGUCGACAUCUUCAGCGGCCGCGGGCCAUGCCUGGGAGCCCCCGUCUGCCGCAUGAAGCUCGUCUCCAACGGCGCCGGCGAGCACCACGGGUGGUUCUGCAAGUCCGUCGAGGUCACCGUCGCCGGUCCCCACGCCAGGUGCAACAGGGCGGCGUUCGACGUCCAGCAGUGGCUCGCCACCGACGCGCCGCCGUACCAGCUCUACGCCGAGCGGAGCGUCUGCGGCAAGAUCAGCACGGCCACCGCCGCCGCCGAGGAGGAGAGCUGAGCUGAGCACUGAGCACGUCCUCUAGUUUAUGUGCUUGUUCUGUCAAAGUGUUGAGUUGUGAUAAUAAGCCAGGGCUGCUGGUAAUGUGCGCACUAAUAAUGUAGUAGGUGGCAAAAAAAUGUUUUAUGUUUUUCUUGAAUAAACGUACCUGAUUUAUCAGGUUUUUAGA